AUAAUAUCAAUUGUGUUAUUUAUUAUUUAUUAUCAUACAUUAAUGUGAUGAAUAAUUAUAAUCCUGGUUUGAGGGUCUCUUAAAACAGUCAAAAACCCCUCUUUAAGCAAUAACAAAGCAAACUUACCUCUCUCUCUCUCUCUCAACUACCUUAACCAACCGCCUUACACAAAAAGCCCUACCCUUACCCAAUUCUCCAAAUACCCUUUCUCUCUCUCUCUCUCUGUAUAUUUCUCUCUCUAAAAAGAAAGAAAAGGCUGAAGCUGAGGCUCCCAAUUUCUUCAACCCGCUUUUAAAGCUCUUCCCUCCAUUACCAAAGCCAUUGCUUUAAGCGAAUAUUAAACCCAAAAAUAAUACCAAAAACCCUUUUUUUUUGUUUUGGUUUCCUUAUCUUGUCUUCUGGAAAAUUCUAAAAUUAAUUAAAAAAGAGAUAUUUUUCUUUGGGUUCUGUUUAUUUCUGGGUUUGAAUCUUUGGGCAAAUCCGAAUUUGGAUCCGAACCCGCAAAUGUGGCGGCCGUGGGGCAAAUCGCCGACUCGGGUUCAUGACACGUCAUCACCUUCUUCCAUAUUCUCCUGUUCUUCUUUUAAAGACAUCGAGAAUCUCUGUUCUUCGGACGAGUCGACUCAGUCACACCAACUCGUUCCCGCACCCAAGAGAACCUACGUAGUUUUCCACCGAGUCCGAGCCGCCAACUCACUUCUCCGCGCCUGGUCGACUGCUCGCCCGCCAGCUCUACCCGAGCCCGAAACCGAUGCCGCGAAACGACACGAUCAAUCUCCGCCGGUGAUCUCCAUCCCUGGGGCGGAGAAGAGAAUAGUUGUGUACUUCACGAGCCUGAGGGUAGUACGGUCGACGUUCGAGGAUUGCAGGGCCGUCCGAUCCAUCCUUAGAGGGUUUCGUGUAUCGAUCGACGAACGAGACUUGUCGAUGGACUCGAGUUUCUUGUCUGAGCUGCAGCAAAUCCUUGGUCAAAGAAAGUUGACUCUCCCGAGGGUUUUCAUUGGCGGGAGGUACGUGGGUGGGGCCGACGAGGUGAGACAGCUUCACGAGAUGGGCGAGCUCAAGAAGUUCGUCGAAGGGUUGCCCGCAGUGGAACCGGGCGUGUGUGACACGUGCGGCGGCAUCUGUUUCGUUCUGUGUGACGAUUGCAAUGGCAGCCAUAAGUUGUACUCUGAGAAAGGAGGCUUUAAGAGUUGUACCUCCUGCAAUGAGAACGGUCUCAUAAGGUGGUAGUAGUAGUAGUAGGAGUAUGAUAAUGAUAUCAUAUGAGCAUGAAGUAUGAACAAUCUCUAUCCACAGAAGAUAAGGCUCUAUAAAUACAGACCGGGAAGCAAAACCCACAUGUUGCAGUCUUAUUGGACAGGCCCACAAGGCAGCUUUUCAUGGACAAUACUAGGCCCAUUAAAUAGUCAUCUUCACUUCACUACAACUGUAACGUAUGCAAAAGAAACAGUAGUAGAGAAGUGUACCCAAGUAAGUUUGUUCAUUACAUUUUAUAUUUUCUAAAAGGUCAAUUCUAUUCAUGAUUUGAUAUGAAGACCUUAAACGUUACUCCAAGUGUUAAUGAAAUUAACAAGUUUCACUUUCAGAAACCGAGUAAUGGAUUUGUCAAAAAUAUAAUUAUGUAAGUACUAAGAGAGAGCAGUUGGCAAUUGGCAAAUCCUUUUCUGUGUAAUUUUAUGAACAAAGUAAGAUGCAAACUCGCCAUUAAUAUAGA